AACGGCGGGCCUAUAUUGGCCCGUCAAUAUUGGUCAAAAAAAAAGCCCAGCCCGCCAAAUGCCCUUUAACAUCUCUUUUCUUCUUCUUCAUUACAUCUUCCAAAAAAAAAACCCUAUUUUCUUUCCCACCAUUUUCCUCUAAUCCAAAAUUUCAAGAAAACAUCAAUGUUCUUCUUCUAUUUCAUCACAACCAUUUCAAUAAAAAAGGUUGUGGAUUUAAUUAGUAAGGAUUCAUUUUAUAAAUUGAAAGUGAAGUGAAGUUUGGUGGUUCAUUAAAAGAGGUAUGUACAAUCACUCAUUUCUUUGCUUAACGCCAUAAUAUUGUUCAUCUUAGAAGAGUUUGAAUAUCUUAAAUAUUCAUCCAUAGUGAAGUAGGUUUUGAGAUUAAGUGUGUUGCGAUGAUAAUGGAAGGUUGAAACUUAUGUGUUGUAGUGAAGUAGGUUCUGGGAAAUUUGUGUGCUGCGGAGAUAUAAGGAAGAAACUUAUUGUGUGAUAUUUGUUAUUUGUAGAUAUAAUAGUUACUUAUGAAAGUAGAAAAUGUUAUAGAAACAGAGGAAACUCUGUCCAAUUUUUAAUUAUGUUUAUUGUGUGUUGUUUAUCGUGUUUGUUAUUUGUUGAUAUAGAUACUUAUAAAAUUAGAAAAUAUUAUAGAAACAGAGAAAACUCUGCCCAAUUUUUAAUAACAUUGAAGAUUUAUAAGUAUCAAAAUAAUUAAACUUGCUUAAAAAUUGCUUUGAUAUAAUUUUUAACUUGUAAUAGCAUUAAAUUAUUUUAGGUAAUUAUAGAUUAAUAUGGAUAGAGAUUGGAUGAAAAAGAAUAGAUUAUCAAAAGAGUAUGAAGAUGGAGUUAACUAUUUCAUGAAUUUCGCCAUGCAAAAUGAAAAGGAUCCUACUAUGAUAUCUUGCCCAUGUAUGAAGUGUGGAAAUUUAAAAAAAUUGAAGGUUGUAGAUGUAAGAGGACACUUAUACAUAAAUGGUAUCGACCAAACUUACCAAAAAUGGAUAUGGCAUGGUGAGAGUGUGUCUCAACCAUCAUUUCCAAAAAGAGCUCGCAAAGAGGAUGUAUCAGAUAGGAAUUUUCACAUUGAUAUGGUUAACGAUCUAGAAGAAGAGUUUGCAGAUCGCCCGGAUGAAUUCGUAAGAAUAAUUGAAGAAUCAGAAAAAUCCAUUUAUACUGGGUCCAAGGUUAGCAAAAUGUCAUUUUUGGUUAAGAUGUAUAAUAUAAAGGCUAGGAAUGGAUUGAGUGACAAUGGAUUUUCACAAUUACUUUCUUACUUAAGCGAUAUUUUUCCUGAAGGAAAUAAUAUCCCAAGUAGUACUUAUGAGGCAAAGAAGAUUUUGCGGUCAUUAGGCAUGGAGUAUGAAAAGAUACAUGCAUGUCCUAAUGAUUGCAUAUUAUUUAGGAAUGAGUUUGUGUUGGCUAAGCAUUGCCCUGUUUGUAAGUGCUCUAGAUGGAAGUUGAAUGAUAAUGGCAAGGAGAAGGAGGGGAUUCCUGCUAAAUUAUUGUGGUAUAUACCACCAAUUCCUAGGUUUAAGCGUUUAUUUCGCAAUCCUGAACAUGCAAAAAGUUUGGUAUGGCAUGACGAGAAGAGAAUUAAGGAUGGAAAAAUGCGUCAUCCGGCUGAUUCUCCAUCUUGGAAAAAUAUUGAUGACAUGUAUCCCAAAAUAGCUUCAGACCCUAGAAAUCUUCGACUAGGCCUUUCUGCGGAUGGUAUCAAUCCUCAUAGUUCCAUGAGUAGCAACUACAGUUGUUGGCCAGUCAAUCUUGUUAUUUAUAAUCUUCCUCCUUGGUUAUGCAUGAAACGUAAAUUUGUCAUGUUGUCAUUAUUAAUUUCUGGGCCUAAGCAACCUGGAAAUGAUAUUGACGUGUAUUUGGCACCACUGGUGGAUGAUUUAAAACAAUUAUGGGAAGGAAUUGAAUGCUAUGAUGUAAGAAAAGAUGAAACUUUUACUUUGCGAGGAGUUUUAUUGUGGACAAUCAAUGAUUUUCCAGCAUAUGGUAAUCUGUCUGGGCAUUGUGUCAAGGGAUAUAAAGCAUGUCCUAUUUGCUCAGAACAGACAUAUGGUGUUAGAUUAACACACUGUAAAAAAGUUGUGUACAUGGGCCAUAGACGAUUUCUACAACCUACUCAUCCAUUUCGUAGGUACUCAAAGGAAUUUGAUGGUACAAUUGAAGAUAGAAUUGCUCCCACUCCCAUGACUGGUAUAUAAGUUUUUGACAAAGUUAGUCAGUUGGUGAAUCGAUUUGGGAAGAUUCCCCCAAAUACAAAAGAUAAAGAAAAAGUGAAACAAAAAGGAAAAGGAAAUAAAGGGAAAGGGAAAGGCAAAGGCAAAAAGAAGAAAGUUGUAAAAGUCAAAAGAGUUUCAAAAGCUAAGAACAAGAUUGAAGAUGCUUGUUGGAAGAAGAGAUCUAUUUUUUUUGAGUUGAAGUACUGGAAACAUCUCUUAUUGCGACACAAUCUCGAUGUCAUGCACAUUGAGAAAAAUAUUUGUGAAAGUAUAAUUGGAACCUUACUUAAUAUUCCAGGAAAGACAAAAGAUAGUUUUUCAUCACGACUAGAUUUGUUAGAAAUGGGAAUUAGAACAGAUUUAGCUCCUCGUGUUAAAGUGGAGAAAAGAGAAAGUUAUUACCAGCAGCUUGUUACAACCUUACAAAGGAAGAAAAACAUCAAGUUUGUGAGUCGUUGGCCAAUGUGAAAGUCCCAUAUGGUUAUUCAUCAAAUAUUCGCAACUUGGUUUCAAUGAAAGAUUUAAGACUUAUUGGGCUUAAAUCGCAUGAUUGUCAUGCUUUAAUGCAACAAUUACUCCCUAUUGCUAUUCGAGGAAUUUCUCAAACUCAUGUUAAAUCUGCAAUCAUCAGGCUUUUUUAUUAUUAUUUAUAAUGUCAUAUUUUUAAAUAAUAAAGGAUGACUUAAUAAUAUUGAUUACAGACGACAUUGGAUGGUGAUAAUCAUAUAUGCUCAUAGCCAAGAUGCAUAUUUUUUUGAUCCAGUUGGUAAUCAUCCAAAAGAAGAUGCCGUGAGUGUAGUCAAAAGUGCAUUUGACUUAUAUAAUACCCGAAAUAAUAAUUUAAGAAGAAAAGUCCAAGGUGUAACUUGGUAUACAGUUCAGGGUCCUAAACAACCUGACGAUAAAGUCUGUGGUUUUUACAUCAUGCGACUAAUGAGAGACUUAACUAUGUCGAACGAUCCAAGAGAUUAUCUAGAGAAGCAUUGUUAUGGUCAGAAAACAUACUCAAUGGAUGAGAUCAACGAAGUGCGUGAAGAAUGGGUCUCCUACUUAACUGAGUAUAUGCCAUGAUUUAGAUUAAACUUUAUUAAGUAUAUAUGACUAAUUAUACUCAUUGUCAAACUUUUAAACUAAUUACAAUAUAUAUUAUUAUGUAAUACUUUAUUAUAUUAAAAGAUGAAUUACAUACAUCUAUUUAAAGUAUUGAAAGAUUAUUUUGCAUAUUCUUUUUGAAUUGUAAAUUUUUGUAUGCAAUUAAUGUAAUGGAAAGGGGAAUUAUUUUUUUUCCCACCAGUACACUAUCUCGGCGGGCUCUUUAAACAGCCAAUAUUGACCAAUAACGGGGGGCCAGGCCCGUCGAGAUAGGUGUCAAAAAAUAGUAAAUUAGAAUAAAAAUAUACCUAUCUCGACGGGCAUAGACUGCCGAGAAUGACCCCAAUAACGGCGGGCUUUGCCCGCCGAGAAUGACCCCAAUAACGAAGGGCUGGGACCGCCGAGAUAGAUUCCCCACCAAUCUCGGCAUUGAAAUUUACGGUGGGCCAGACCCGCCGAGAUAGAUCAAUAACGGGGGGCUGGACCCGCCGACAUCGACCUAUUUUUUUGUAGUGAAUAUUUCGAGUCCAUAUAAGGCAAUUGGUCACUAUUUUUCUUACAAUAGCGACCAAUUAUUAGUAAGGAUAAUUAAUAUACUCGCUAUGAGUAUUGGAUGGGGAGGAAUUUUAAGAAUUUAGCGACGACAAAAAGUUAUAGCAGUGUUUAUAACUUUUUAUUGUGUACUUGUGACGAUUAUAAUUUUUAAAAUAUAAAUUAAUUAAACAAAAAAGUACGUAAA